GAGACUUUAUGCUGCUACUUCUCCUCAACCAUCAAUUUGUCAAUACUAACUGCAUCACAAGUUUCUAGUUCAAGUGCACCAUGGCACAAUCUGCACUUGGCAGAUUCAGCUGUGGAAUUGAGAUUGCACCCUUUGUCAUAAGCUCUGGUCUUCUUCACAAAUCAUUGGAUGUUAUCAUGUCUCGUUAUGAGGGCAUCAUUACAAACAUGGGAGAGGGACUAUCAUGGAAAGUUUAUAAAGAAAUAGAUUCGGAUUUGACUAUUAUGGCGUUUGAGGCAAGACCAGAUUUUUCUAAUCUUCAAGUGGAAGUGGUUCCAUCUUCUGCUCUCAAAGAGAUGAAUUUCCAUCAGUUUGACUUUCUGUGUUCUAAAACCAAUCCAAUUUUCUGUGUUAACAGCACUGCAUUUUUACUCUUCUAUAAGAACCUUCAGGAGCUCUUUGAGUGGAAGAAAUCUGAGAUUAAAGGUUCUACUCCAUUGAUUAUUACUGGACAUGGUCUUGGAGGAUCUGUUGCUUCUCUCUUUACUAUAUCACUUUUAGGUGGAAUUGGUUCAGCAAAGAAUCGCCCACUCUGCAUCACCUAUGGUUCACCCCUUAUUGGUGACAAGAAAUUGCAACAAGCCAUAUCACGUAGUUCUAAUUGGAAUUCUUGCUUUCUACACGUUGUGUCACUCAAAGAUCCACUUCCAAGGCUCUUCAUUACAAACCAUAGUUCUUCAGCUUCUGCAUCUACUCCUCAAACCAGUGCUUACAAUCCUGUUGGAACAUUUCUUUUGUGUUCUGAUGAAAAUUGCACUUGUUUUGAGAACCCUGAUUCUGUCUUGGAACUUCUCAAAGCAUUCAGUUCAAUCCAUGUUCAGAACCAAGGAUUUCAAUCUGCUGAUUACAGGAAAAUAUUGGAAAAUCUCAAUCAUAAAGCACUUUGCAAGGACUUUACUAUUCAGGUUGAAAACAUGACUCGUCCAGAUUCAAUACUUGCAGUUAGUAUCAAUUCACAGUUGCGGGCGUUAGGAUUGACACCAAAUAUGCAGAAGCAACAACAGAACAUUGAUAUCAACAAUCUGGAAAUAAAGAUGAAAAGAUUGGAAGAAAAAUCCAUCAUGCAGAGGAGGGUAUUAUUUGAUUCAUUCAAGAAAUUGAAUCAAAUGAAGGGACAUAUGGCGCAACUUGAAUGGUACAAGAAGCAAACUAAAAACCAGGGAAUAGGGUACUAUGACAGCUACAAGAACAUGAAGGCAUUAGCAGAUGGUGAUGUUGUUGUGAUCCAUAAAAACCUUGUAAUCUACUGGGAAAAGAUGGUAGAAAAAGCAAAGAUUAAGCCUCAAAAAGGAGGUGCAGCCUUUCGAAAGAGCUGGCUCUAUGCUGGGACUAGUUACAGGAGAAUGGUUGAACCUUUAACUAUUGCUGAAUACUAUAGACAAGGUGGAAAAGACUACGUGAUUAAUAGACCACAACACUUUGUACUGUUGGAGGAGUGGUUUAAGAAUGAGACAACAAAAGUCAAGUGGAAUUCAAACAGAACAAGUAGUGUGGAUACUUUUUUCACAGUUGAAGAUUCGCACUUUUGGGAAUGUGUUGAAAAGGCUCUAAUUUCUCGCCAACAGUCAAUGGUUGUCCCAGACAUGGAAGAGAACUUAAACAUACUAAGUGAUGAGGAGAAUGAAGAACCUAUUUUAACAUUACAUUCUAAAAUUUGGGCACGGGUUGAUGAGUUUCUUCUCUCAAGCAAAGAGUUGAAGGUUGUCAACGAGGAUGAAGAGAAUAGAACAAGUGAGAAGAAUGACAAAGAUUAUUCUUGCUUUGUAGCAUGUGUUGAAGAGGCUAUCCUUUCACGAGGAGGGUCAAAGGUUGUCAGGGAAGAUGAAGAGAGUUUAAGAAGAUUUGGGUCACGCGUUGGAGAGGCUUUCCUUUCCUUUCGAGAGUCCAAGGUUUUCCAAAGGAAGGAAGAGAAUAUAAACAAAACAAGAAAGAAAAAUGUGGAAGCUAUUUUAACAAUUGAUUCUUGCUUCUGGGCACAUGUUGAAGAGGCUCUCCUUUCAUGCCAAGAGUUGAAAGUUGUCAAAGAGAAAGAAGAAACUUUGAUGAAAUUGGUUAAGUUUGAGGAGUAUGUUUAUGGGUUGCUAGAGAACUAUGAAGUUUCAUCAGAGAUUUUCUUGGCACAAAGCAGCUAUAUGCAUUGGUGGAAUGAGUACAUGGUAAUUAAGGGAACUUCAUAUGUUUCAAAACUCACAAGCUUCAUGAAGGAUCCUAGUAAGCGUGUGCGGUAUGCUUUGGGAGCUUAUGAUUUUCCUAAUUCCCUUGAGCUAUAAUAACUAUCUAAUGUUUCUUUACAUUACAUGUGAUGCAUUUGUCAUGUGUUGGAUAAUGAUUAUCAUACUCAUGGACCAGAAACCUUGUACAUUUAAGUACAAAAUUUUACAUACUUUGCUUUGAUCAUUAUUAGUCUUGGGGAGGCCUUGUGAUUCACUUGUCAUGUAAAAAGAGAUUCAAUGGAGAACCCACAAAAGAGAAAGCAAAAAAAGUUUGAGAUCAGAGUUGUUUGUUCAAACAAUCAUAUUUUGUCUAACUGUGUGAUGCACAUAUACCAAACGCCACACAUCUGAUCCUAUAUGCUAUAAGUUACUUCUGAGUGUGGUGCACAGUUGAAGGGUGGCACAAUUGUACUCCUUUUACUUCAUGUGGUGCUAAAAUAUGUG